GACGGGGACAGACAGACAGCUUUCAGGACGGACUGACCGCACCUGCAGGACAUGGUCAAGGUACCGGGUCUGGAGCUGGGCAAUUGCGUGCGACACAGAGGGAUUUGGCCAAGCUCUUCUCAGUGGUCUGUGGGGACGGAACAAGGGGCGAUGGCCACAAAAUGGAGCCCAGGAAGUUCUGCACCAACACGCGACAGAGCUCCUUCACGGUGAUGGUGAUGGAGCGCUGGGACAGGGAGGUUGUAGAGGCUCUUUCUCUGGAGAUAUUCAAGGCCCGUCUGGACGGCUACGUGGGCAAGCUGCUGUGGGGAACUGCUGUGGCAGGGGGUUGGACAUGGUGGUCUCUGGGGGUCCCUUCCAACCCCUUCGGUUCUGUGACUGUGUGAUUGUGUGAGGGUUUCUAAGACACGGCGAGGAGGACCCGAGCGCUCAGCUCGCCCCACGCCCCGUGCCCGGCACAGCCUGGCCCCGCCACCCCGCUGCCAUUUCCCGCUACGUGCCCCCGAGGCACAGCCCCAACCCCACCGCGGGGCGGCGGAGCCCCCUAGCGAGGCGGGCCGGGCACCGCCGGCCUUCGUCCCACGUGACCCCCCCCCAGCGCCACGUGACCCGCCGGUGGCCGUCAUGGCGGCGGCGGUGCCGCUGCUCUGCGCCGUGCUGGUGGCGGCGGCGGCGGCGCUGGAGAACGGCGUGGCGCGGACACCGCCCAUGGGCUGGCUGCACUGGGAGCGCUUCCUCUGCGGCACCGACUGCACCGCGCAGCCCCGCCGCUGCGUCAGCGAGCAGCUGUUCACCGAGAUGGCCGACGUGAUGGCCACGGAGGGCUGGCGGGAGGCAGGCUACCAGUACCUGUGCAUCGACGACUGCUGGGCGGCCCCCACGCGGGACGAGCGCGGCAGGCUGCAGGCAGACCCCCGGCGCUUCCCCGGUGGCAUCCGGCGGCUGGCGGACUACGUGCACGCGCGGGGGCUGAAGCUGGGGAUCUACAGCGACGUCGGGAACGAGACGUGCGCCGGCUUCCCCGGCAGCUACGGGCACUACGAGCUGGACGCCCAGACCUUCGCCUCGUGGGGCGUGGACCUGCUCAAGUUCGACGGCUGCAACUCCGGCUCGCUGGAGCUGCUGGCAGAAGGUUACAGGAGGAUGUCUCUGGCCCUGAACAAGACUGGAAGGCCCAUCGUGUACUCCUGCGAAUGGCCUUUCUACCUGAGGCCCAUGCAGCAGCCCAAUUACACGGAGAUCAAACAGUACUGCAAUCACUGGAGGAACUUCUUUGAUGUCUACGAUUCUUGGAACAGCAUCAGGAGCAUCUUGGAGUGGACAGCGCUUCACCAGGACAGCAUUGUGAAGAUAGCUGGGCCGGGAGGCUGGAACGACCCUGACAUGCUGGUGAUUGGGAACUUCGGGCUGAGCUGGGACCAGGCGGUGACCCAGAUGGCCAUGUGGGCCAUUAUGGCUGCUCCCCUCUUCAUGUCCAACGACCUGCGGCGCAUUAGCCCCGAGGCCAAGUGGCUGCUCCAGAACAAAGAGGUGAUCGCCAUCAACCAGGAUCCGCUGGGCAAGCAGGGAUAUCGCAUCACCAAGGACAAAAACUUCGAGCUAUGGGAGCGGCCCCUGUCGGGCAGAGCCUACGCCGUGGCGGUGCUGUACCAGCAGGAAAUCGGGGGCCCCCACAACUUCUCCUUCUCCCUCGCCCUCCUCGGCAACGGGCUGGCCUGCAACCCCGUGUGCUCCGUCCGGCAGAUCCUGCCCAGCAGCAGGGACUGGGGGGUGCACAACUGGGUCUCCUCCCUGAGCGUGGAGGUAAACCCAACAGGCACCGUGCUGCUCAGGGUGGUGGCGCUGUAGGAGGAGGCACAGAGACAGUCUUCUCAAAAGCCUCGCCUUCCGCGCUGUCACCAGAGGACCGCCCGCUUCCUCCAGGCGGGAUGCCUUAGUUGUGUCCUAAAGCAUUCACUGCUCAAGUGCUUCUCCAUGCACCUUGGAUCUUUUGCCUAAUGCCACAACUGCCCGACUCUCCGUUGCCACGAAAUAACCGAGAAAGGGUCACUCCUCUCCUGUUUACCCUUCCUCCGGUAUCUCACCUAACUGCCCUUUUCCAGGGGGCUACAAGGGUCCCAGCGGGGCACCAGCUGCUGCUAACACCCGCUGCCCCACUAGCCGAAGCCACGCACAGGACAGAUGCGGCACCCUACGGCUCUUCUCCAGGCUCAGUAGGGAAAUGCAGCUCGGCUGCCUCGCUUCUGCUUUGCGAGCUGGGCUGUACGGCUACGCUCAGCCCAAAAAAAAAAAAAAAAAAACAGAAAAGCUGCCAAAGAAAGCCCACCCCCCCUCCUCAGAGUGUGGCAUCAUCGCCUUCUACGCGCUGAACUCAGGGACUGGCCUGAAUCACCGCAGUUCUUGGCCGCCUGCUGACUCUGUGCGAUGUGUAUGGUGCCUUACAGCAGAGCUUUGAGGGCUGCCCCUGACCCCAGGAGGCCUCCUACCUGUGGCUGGCACUUCCCUCUACACAACGGUUCCCCUUCCCGCUCUUCACAGGGGCCCUGGGGACUCCUUCCCAGAAAGAACUGCCUUCCUGUGGCUGCUGGCAGCAGGCUUUAGGCUGAAGUUACACGGGUUCUUAUGCAACUGUCAUGUACGUGGCUGGUCUCUGCUGGCUGCCACACGAUGCAGAUGCCUUGAUUUGUUCUAAUGUUGGUGGUUACAAACUCCAAUUAAAGCGUUCCCUAAAAAGGG